ACGGGGGAGGAGGGGGUGUCUACGGAGGAGGGGGAGGGGGCCCUGGGCUGAUGUGGGAUGCAGGAGGACCCGGGGCCCCUCUAGCACACUAUCCACCUCACGAUGCAGCCUUUGCAGCUGCUGCAGCUGCUGCAUUGCCCCUGCAUGACCUGUGGCAAUCCCACCACCCCUUCCGGGGUCAGUGCGUUAUGUCUCACAGGUACGGAGCAGGAGCGGUGAGCAGUAGCGGUAAGAAGGUUCGGAGGCGCGUUCCUACCAUCGCUCAGCGGAGAGCGGCUAACGUUAGGGAACGCCGCAGGAUGUUCAACUUGAACGAAGCCUUUGAUAAGCUUAGGAGAAAGGUCCCGACCUUCGCCUACGAGAAGCGCCUCUCCCGCAUCGAGACUCUCCGCCUGGCCAUCACCUACAUCUCCUUCAUGACGGAGCUCCUGGCUUCGGAGCACGAAGCCGCGGCCUCCGCAGCGGCUGCGGGAGUCACUCCUACUUCCCAGACGCCGAGGGGCCCGAGUCACAGGAACCCCUCUUCGGCGGGAGCCGGUGGCGGCCCGCCGCCGCACCACGACUACGCCGAUAUCUCCAUUGGGAAGAGGUGUCCGCCGUAUACGACACAGUUACCUUCCGCUUAAGGGACGUUGCAGUCGUCUAGUUUGGUUUUGUCUAUGAUUACUGUGGCUUUUGUUUACGUUUUCAACGAGAAUUAUCUUUUAAUCUGCAAUGUAAAAUAAAUCUUCAAAAUCCGUCAACCUAUGACAGUUCAUUCUCACUGUGCAAUGCAGUCGGGUUUUAAUUCAUAUUUAGUCUCAGGAUGGUUUAAAAGUUUUAAAUAACGUAGGUCCAGAUCUACCCGCCGGUCAGUGGUCUAAAAGACAAUAUGACCUGUUUGCUAUCUCGUCUUCUUAGGUUUCCGAAAAGUCCUUCUGUGUUCCAUGGAAGAAUUCCGUGCAUUAUAUAUUCUAUUGCUUCAGUGAGUAAGUCAUUCUAAGGAAAAUAGAAUAUUGUUCGCCAUAUUUAAUUUCAUACUUA